AUGGCACCAAUACUACCCUCGUCUGCACCUUCGGGGCCAGACGCGCUGAUCCAGCCCAGAAGACCGAGUCUAGACCCCCAGGGCGAAAUUCUGUCCACUCGUGGUCAAUAUCUUCCCACAUUAAUUCGCCGACGAUCUUUUUCGACUCAGAAGUCAGAUGUGCUUCGUGACAAUGAAUUCCGCGAUGAGACCGCUUCCUUUCGCGAACGAAUUGAACGUCCUCCAUUGGACCGGGCCAGGGAGUUGAUUGGGGAGAGCACGGCCAUCUACAACUGGUACAAGCUCCCCCCAUGCGGCUAUGUUUCAAUGCAUUUAUUGAUUGUGAUGAAGCAUACACAUACCACGCAUGAGUACUAUCAACCCCCAUACACUCUCAAGACACUAUCGAGGCCAUUGCGCCGAUUCUAUGAACAGAGCAACGAUCUUAUUUCACAGUAUGUAUAUAUCGACAAGCUCCUAAAUUCAUCAUUACCGCACCGCUUGAUUGUGGACUAUUACCACCAUCGUACAGGCUCCUUUGAAGAGCCUGAAGUGGCCAGCGGGAAUGCCCAUGAAGGGCAUGACUAUGGUACCAAUGGUGGUUCCGCAACAACUGAGCCACCAAGGAAGAUCAAACGAACUCCUCGACAUCUGUAUCGGAUUCCGAGUGAAAGUUCUCUUCUCUUGCCGCCGACAGUGGAUGACAGUGAGCCAGCGCUACCAGAUAUCAUGCCGAAGGGUAAUGAUUUUGUGGACAGCGGAGACCGUAUAGUUACCGUCGCCAUUUACGUCAACUUUAUUGCCAAUGUGAUUUUACUGGCGGCCAAAAUCGUCGCAAUGCUGAUGACCAACUCUCUCUCAGUUCUGGCCAGCUUGGUAGACGGGGCUUUGGAUUUUCUGAGUACUACAAUUGUUUGGGUGACUGCUGUUCUUGUGAACAGACAAGAUCGAUACAAGUAUCCUAUUAGUCGGCGCCGCCUCGAACCCUUGAGCGUUCUUGUAUUCUCCGUUGUGAUGGUAACUUCGUUCGUGCAAGUGGCUAUCACAUCGAUUAGCCAAUUGAUGUCCCCCGACCACUCUGUCGUGGAGCUAUCCGUACCCUCGGCUGCGAUAAUGGCUAGCACUGUGGUUGUUAAAUUCAUAUGCUGGUUCUGGUGCCGCUUGAUCAAUAACUCCAGCGUCCAAGCUCUGGCGCAAGAUGCCAUGACGGAUGUGGUUUUCAACGCUUUCAGCAUUGUUUUCCCACUCGUUGGCGGCCUCACAAACAUAUGGUUUCUCGAUCCUCUAGGCGGGUUGCUCCUUUCUGUCUAUAUUAUUUGGAACUGGGGUAAGACCGCUGGUGAGCACAUCCGCCAUCUUACGGGAGCUGCUGCAUCUCCCAUUGACCACAGCGUCCUUUUAUACAUGACGAUGCGGUUCUCCAAAUCCAUCCUUAAGGUCCAAGACCUAAAAGUCUACUACGCCGGGGAUUUGCUCAACGUUGAAGUGGAUAUUAUCCUCGAGGGUAAAACCAGUCUGCGGGACUGCCACGACCUGGGCGAAAGUCUGCAGUAUAUGCUUGAAAGCGUACCCACCGUUGAGCGGGCCUUUGUACAUAUGGAUUAUGACCCAUGGAAUAUCCCCAGUCAUAUGAACCAGCAGGCAUCAUAGAAUGUAAUAAUACUGCAAAGACUUGGAUAAAAAUCAAGACAGAGUAUAGCCACGUCAAUAAGUG